UUAUUAAUAUAUAUCUAGAUAUCCCCUGUAUCCAUCAGUUCCCAACUAUUGGAGCUAAUCCUCAAUGGAUUCUUAAAUCCUAUUCUUGGUCCAGCUCUGACAUCAGAUACUGAAUCUGAAAUAAUUGCGUACACUGCGUACCUGAACUUUUUCCUGACAGAGAUAUCAGCAGAUCCCCUGGUUGUUCUCAUCAUUCGGUUUUUAAUGACGUUCUCAGUAGAUGAUAAAAGUAUAAAGGACACUCUAAUAUCAAGGAUCAACUCUUCUAGUCAAGUUAGCGUUGUGACCCUUUCCCUGUUUGAAACAAUACUCUCUUUUAAUCUGGAGGACGUGAUGUUCGGAUUAAUAUUUCAAUACUUGAUAUCAUGUACCUACUUACUCUCCUCCCAUAGAGAUAAAAUCUGCUAUGCGGAUCCACAGGGUCGCGCUGCUUUUAAAUUCCUGAGCUUAGUUCCAGUGUCAUGUGACCCUCCUGAAACCCCUGUUACGCCUCGACGUAACCCCUUCUCCGCCGCAUCCCACCCUUCUCCUUCCCGCCCCCUGCCUCCCCCUGGCUCCGAGGAACCUGGAUGUCUGGAUCCUAGCCUAGGUGACCCGACCAGCUACCCGGGAGCUGUUUAUGUAGGAACCAGUAACUACCAGCAGUAUAUUAGAACCUGUCGGCAGAUUAUUCGAAGUACUGCAUGUGACUGCCUUCAAUGGAAAAAUAGAUAUGAUGGUAGCGAUGAGUUCAGGCGUUCAAUUAAGACCAGAGCAACUCGUCAGCAGAGUUUAGGGAUGAAGAUUGAGAGAGCAGGGUUUAUCCUCGAUAGCGACCUGGUUCACGACAAUGUACAAAUCAUUGACAAUGCUACAGGUUCUGGAAGUUUAAGCGGAGAGAGUAGUGGAUAUCUCAGCGGAAACUGGGAACUAGAAGCAGAGGAGGUCACUCUGUCUCCAGAGGAAGAGACUGAAUUCUGGAGUGCUGUCGGAGGAUCGGAGAUUACAAAGGAGAGACUGAAAACCGUCCUCGCCAGAAUACAACACGAGGACAGGUUAUCCUUGUCUAGCCUGUGCAGUGAUGAACUCUCCCCUCGUCCCUCCCUCCCUCUUGAACUCUCCCCUCGUCCCUCCCUCCCUCUUGAAGAUCGUCCUCAUCUCAAUGAUAUCCUUCAUCCCUCCCCCAGCUCCUCCCCGUCCCUCGGCCCCUUCCUCACCUCCCUCCUCACCUCGGUGCAGAACUUUGAACAGAACAAGCUGGCGUUUAACCUUAGAGUAACUGCAAUCAUUUCAAAGUUGGCGGCAUUCCCUCAACCCCUCCUACGCUGUAUUCUCACCCACCCUGAUAUAAUUGUACAACCUUCAUGUACAACACUAAUACAGGCAAUUUGUACCGCUCGGUCUCGUCUUGACUCUGUGAUGCCUGGUCUACUGGGAGCUGAGGAGGCAGUUAGACAAGCACGACAAUUCCUUCAGGAUAGGUUAAGUCCUGGUAAGAGUAUGAGUACUGCAAGCAUCACAUCUUUGCCAGCUUCUUUUGGGGAAUAUUCCCGGAGAGGAAGUAAACUGCUGAAUAUGUUGGGACGAAGAUCAAACCCUCUCUCCUUGUCUAACCAGAGAACUCAACCUGUCAUACCUCCUCAUACACACAGAAUGGCAAUGGCGGCAGUGUUGUUGGAAGAAUGGUUGCAAGAACUUGCGGCAAUUGUACAAGAGCACGCUAUAAUGGAACAACAAGCAGCAAUUAUGCGCUAAGCGGUUUUGAAGAAAAUCGUGCAAUAUAACUAGCACAGUCUUCACAAACUUCACAGUUUUAAAUUUCAUUUACAACAUAGAUUAAUUAAAAUAACAGAUAGAACACUAGUAUUGUGAACGAGUUUCAUCCA